AUGGUAGAGGAUAACGAUCAGAAUUAUGGGAGGACGACGAAUAAAAACGUCUUGUUGAAAAUUGUGAUUCUCGGUGACGGUGGAGUGGGGAAAUCAUGUUUAAUGAGUAGAUUUAUAUCUAAUCACUUUGAUGAUCACAAUUUCCACACGAUAGGCGUGGAGUUUAUGAAUAAGAUGAUAGAAGUCAAUGGAAAGCAGUAUACUUUGCAGAUUUGGGACACAGCGGGCCAAGAACGGUUUAAGUCACUCAGAACACCAUUUUACCGUGGCACAGACAUAUGCAUAUUGGCAUAUGCUAUAGAUGACCGUAGUUCCUUUAAUAAUAUUAAAACAUGGUUAAAUGAAUUUCUUCAUUAUGCUGGCGUUAAGAAUGGAAUUGAAAAAUUUCCCUUUGUUGUGGUUGGAAAUAAGUCAGAUGUUUCAUCAAAAGACAGAGAGGUGUCAUAUGAUCAACUAAAGCAAUGGUGUGAACAAAAUAAAAUUGGCACAUACAUUGAAACAUCUGCUAAAACAGAUAAUAAUGUGGUUGAGGCGUUCUCAAUGGCAGUACAAAGAUGGACGACACUUGAGGAAAAAGCUGAAAAGGAACUUCGUAUGCUUCACCAUCCAGACACUGUGACGUUACACGGUUCGUCAACAUCCAGCGGUCUGCGGGCGACUUGUUGCUCUCGAUUCAUGGAAGUAUAG